CAAUUUUCGUGUUAUCAUCAUCCACUAUUACCUUUAUGUUGAUUAUUUUUAAUCAAUUUUGCAUUAUUAUUAGUUUUGACAUCGUUUUUUCCAAUUUAGCUAAGAGUCUAAUCAUUAAAAAAUUUCUAAACUACUUAGAUAUCAUGCAAUAAUCGAUUAAUGAAGACGAAAUUCUCAAAAAUUAUGAUGAAGCUUUCUCUAAUUUCGGAUUGGAUUCUCAUCUUAAAAUUUGAUCAGCAAAAAUUAGUACAUUUGUUCUUAUAAAUGACUUAUAUUAUGAACAUCAUUUCAUCAAAAACCCCUUCUUACCUUUCCUUUUAUGUGAUUUUAUCUCAUAUCAAAUGCUCAAUUCAUUUCUUUUCAAUUUCCACUAUCCAAUAUCCAGAUGUUGAAACAAACCCAGAUCAAUUUCCCAUUAAAAUUCCUCCUCAUUCAUCAAAUUUCUCCAGAUUGAUUCACCAUAUUGGAAUGAAACCAAAAUCAUCAAAUUCCAAUAUUUCAAAUGAUUGUAAACACCAUGACAUCAUUUCUUGUAAUAGAAUGAUUACAAGAUAUAUUAGAGCUUCUGAUAUGGAAUCUGCGCUAAGAGUUUUUAGAACUAUGUCAGUUAAGAAUACCAUCACUUGGAAUUCACUGUUAGCUGGGUAUUCCAGAAAACCUGGGAUGCUAACAGAAGCCCGCCAACUGUUUGAUAAAAUUCCUGAACCAGAUAUUUUUUCGUUUAACACAAUGUUGUCUUGUUAUUUUCGGAAUUCAGAUGUUAAUGGUGCAAGAUUGUUCUAUGAGCAAAUGUCUGUCAAGGAUACUACUUCCUGGAAUACCAUGAUUUCAGGUUUUGCUGAGAAUAAGAUGAUGGAGGAAGCUGAAAAGCUGUUCUCAGCAAUGCCAGAGAGGAACAGCGUGUCGUGGAAUGCAUUGAUUUCUGGUUAUGCUGAAUGUGGGGAUCUAGACUCGGCUGUAAGGCUGUUUAGGAGGGAUCCUUUCAAGAGUGUAGUUGCUCGGACUGCGUUGAUAACUGGGCAUAUGAAACUGGGGAAAGUUGCAAUGGCUGAAAAAAUGUUCGAGGAAAUGGAUAAAAAGAGUACAGUUACAUGGAAUGCUAUGAUUGCAGGUUAUGUCGAAAAUUCUCGAGCAGAAGAUGGUAUCAAGCUCUUCAAAUUAAUGGUGGAAUCUAAGGUUGUUGAUCCAACUCCAUUGACAUUGACUAGUGUUCUAUUGGGUUGUAGCAAUUUAUCUGCUUUAUUGUUGGGCAAGCAAAUUCAUCAAUCUGUAAUCAAGUCUCCAUUGUAUAGGGAUACAACAGUUGGGACUUCAUUACUGAGCAUGUAUUGUAAAUGUGGAGUCUUAAAGGAUGCUUGGAAGAUGUUCUUUGAGAUACCUCGGAAAGACUUGGUUACUUGGAACGCGAUGAUUUCAGCGUAUGCGACUCAUGGCUCAAGUCAGACUGCCCUCGAUUUGUUUGAUAAGAUGAAGAGCGAGAAAAUAAAGCCCGAUUGGAUCACAUUUGUUGCUGUUCUAUCAGCUUGUAAUCAUGUUGGACUAGUAGAUCUUGGGAUGCAGUUUUUCGAUUCAAUGCAGAAGGAUUAUCGGAUUGAGGCUAAACCCGAGCACUACUCAUGUAUGGUAGACCUUCUAGGCCGUGCUGGUCAGCUUAAAGAAGCUACCAGUUUGAUAGAGCAAAUGCCCUUUAAACCUCAUGCUGCUGUAUAUGGUAGUCUUUUAGGAGCUUCUAGGAUCCACAAGAACAUAGAGUUGGCUGAAUUUGCUGCUAAUAAGUUGUUAACCAUUGAUCCAACAAAUGCAGGAGCUUAUGUCCAAUUAGCGAAUGUUUACGCAGCUAAACAGAAAUGGGACUAUGUUUCAAAGGUUUGGCAAUCCAUGAAGAACAAUAGAGUAGUGAAAAUGCCGGGUUUUAGCUGGAUUGAGAUACAGAAUGUAGUUCAUGAGUUUAGGUCAAGUGAUACGAAACACCAAGAAUUGCACGUGAUUCAUUCGAAACUCGAUGAACUAGAGAGAAAACUGGUAUUAGCAGGGUAUGUUCCUGAUUUUGAAUCCGAGCUGCACAAUGUAGGUGAGCAGCAAAAACGAAAGUUGCUAAUGAGGCACGGUGAGAAACUGGCGGUUGCGUAUGGACUGAUUAAGGUGCCAAGUAGAUUACCUAUUCGAGUUUUUAAGAAUCUGAGAGUGUGUGAGGAUUGUCACAAAGUACUUAAGCUCAUAUCAGCUAUAGAACGGAGGGAAAUAGUUGUAAGGGACAAUACAAGGUUUCAUCAUUUCAAUGAUGGGAACUGUUCUUGUGGUGAUUACUGGUGAGGGUGGAAAGAAUUGAGUUUAGACCACUGUCACAUGAUUCACUGAUCUUCUUGCGAAUCACAAAUCAAAAAAGCGAAUUAUGGACAAUUUUGGGCUAUUUUAGUGUCAUUUUAAGCGAAUUGCAAGUUUAAAAAACGAAUUAACUGGCGAAUUAUGUUACAUUGGUAUAGACUUCAGUCCAUUCUUUUUGUUUCAUUACCCUUGUCUCCAUUGUCAUUAUUCAUUAUCGGCUUUCACCUAGUCUAAGGUUUGGGAGUCGAAUAUGUCCAACAUUACCCGCGAUCCACUGGUAUAUAUAAAGAUUGUUUCCGGUUAAUGUUUUGAUUUUCUCUAUAACAUCAAUUAUAGUGGAUUAGUGAUGUCAAUUGACUUCACUUCAAUUUUGAAAAAAUACGUACAAAAAUUGAUUCGGCGGAGUUGGUAGAGUAAUGUAUAUUUUAAGUAAAUAGUCACUUGUUCACAACCAAAUUAACUUUCACUCCUCAUUUAUAUUCCCUUUGUUUCAUUUCAUACUAAUUACUCAACAUGUUGGCCAUUCCCCUAUUUUCUUCUGCCUUUUACUGUUCUUUCCCCACUCCACAUAACUUCUGCUAGCGGCUGCCGCCUGCCCGUACAGCCUGAUCAAAUCCUCCUGGCCUCGCCUUCAUCUCUGUGGCGGCGUCAUAUCUUCCGCUGACCGCAGCAAGUCAAGGUACUCCACUAUUCAAGUAACUCCACGAAUCUAAAAUCUCCGCGUACUCUUUUCUUAAUUGUUAAUUAGGUCUUUGGUUAAUUUCUUUAGUUUUUUAUUUAGCAAUUAGAUGAAAUUUGUUUAAUUAUUUAUUAAUUGUUUAUUUAUUUAGCAAUUGGAUGAGAUUUUUUUGGUUAUUCAUUGACAUUUCAUUUUCAGGGUUUUUUUCAAAAAAUAGGGCUUUUGAAUGUUGUGUUAUUUUAAUGAUUUAAGCUUAUAGUCUAUAUUUAUUUUCAAUUUUUUUCCCCUUAUUUAUCGUUCAAUUUAAUAUUUCUGAUUAGUGAAGAAUUAUGCUGCAUCACAGCAACAGUGCAAUGUAAUUGGGUUUUCUGCGUUUGACAUGUUACAACUUACAUCUCUGUACUUAAAUUAUUUAAAAAGAUUAUUUGAGAUGUUGAAUUUUGUUAUUUUGAUUUCAAUUAGGGACUGUUAUUUUCUGUUGGAUAUAAUUUUGUGUUUUAAGAUUUGUAAUUUAUUAGAUCUUGGGUACAUUUAGUUUGUUCAAUCUGAAUUCGUCGUUAAUGAUUGUAUUUAUAGUUCAAAUGGAUAGGUAUUUUAAAAAAUUAGCUUUUGGAUCGCUUAUGGCCCUACUAAUUUGUAAUUAUUUAUGGGAUAUGGCCCUACUAAUUUGUAUUUUAAAGAAUUUUCGACAUCCUUGUUUUUUUCCUGGUUCUGCCCCUGCCUAUAUGAGCUCCAAUGGUAUAGCAUAUUUAUGUUCCAGAUCCUACAUAGGCUGUAAAUUUUUGAUCUGGACUCUUUUUGUUAUUUCUUACAUGGAAUUGUCAACAGGGUUGUGAGAGAUUUCAUCAGAAGUAUCAAGUCUUUCAAUCUUGUUUAUGCCACCAAAAAAGACAGUUUUGUUUAGUUCUGGUAUAUCUACCAGUAUGUUUUAAAUCCUUCAAGGAGCAGUUCAAACAUGCAAGUUUUCAGAGGAAUAAUCUUCUGAUUGCUAACAGGUCUUCGCCACCUCUCAUCAUAAUCAGCAACACUCUUGAAAUCACCAAGAAGUAACAAGGCCCAUGACACUGCUUGACAAUAAUCUGCAAGUCCUUCAAGACAAUUGUGUAGAAAAAUGUGGAAGGUGUCCGGAGCUGCAAAAAUCACCACCAUUUACCCAAGUCGCAAGCGAAGAUAUAUCGUUAUAUCGACUCAUCAUGGAGGAAACUUAAACAAUUAAUCGAGGGUUCUGUUGGUAUAUACAAGAGUUGAUGUCGGCAUCAGUAAUGGGAUUUUUGGCAGGCACUUAGAUAUGAAGACAAUGGGAUCCUGAAAAGCAUUUUAAGGGUUCAUGAGAAAGAUUGAGUUCUGCUCAUCCGAUAUUAAGAUUUAUUUUUCGAUUCGUAGUAAAGGUUAGAGAAUCCUCUUUAGACAUACUUAGCACAAUUUGAUAUUGAACGGUUGUUUGUAAAA